AUGUGGUCAGCUGCUGCAUGUCUUGCUCAUUCGCUUCAAACCCCUUGUGAUAAGUACUGUGCUCGGUUACAUUAUUUGUUUGCUUCGGGCUAUCUCCUACAGCUGGGGCGUAUCUUGAGACUUGGGGCAGAUUUUCUAGGACCUCUACUUCUUGCUGUGGCUGAAAUAUGUUCAGAUUUUGAUCCUACUGUAUAUGUGGAACCUGCACUUUUGAAGCUAUUUCGCAAUUUGUGGUUCUAUGUCACUCUCUUUGGGUUAGCAACUCCAAUACAAAAAACUCUAUAUGUG